CUACCUCCCAUCUCCUUCAGGACAAUGAAGCUUUCUGGAUUUCCUCUCUAUCUUCUGUGUGCAGCCCUUCUCCUGUGGCUAGCACAUGCCUGGUCUCUCAAGAAGUGUCUGAUCUCCAUGGAUAUACAUCACAUAGAAAAGAGCUUCCAGGGAAUAAAAAGUACAAUUCAAACAAAGGAUGUCUUUCAGAAUGUCACCAUCCUGUCUGCAUCUGAGACCCUGUACAACAUCACGCCCUCAGAUGUGUGCUGCAUGACCAAAGACAUCGUAGGGUUCUAUGUGGACAAGGUCUUCAGAAAUCAUGAGGAGUCAGACCCCAGAAUCCAGAGGGGUCUCAGCACCAUUGCGAAUUCUUUCCUCCGCAUUCAGAAUUCCCUGGAGCAGUGUCAGAAUCAGAGGAACUGCAGUUGUCGAAAAGAAGCCACCGAGAAGUUUCAAAUCAUUGUUGGAAAUUAUGAGCAGAUGGAGGCCAAAGCUGCAGCAAUUAAGUCUCUGGGGGAACUAGACAUUUUACUAUCCUGGAUCAGCCGGAAUCACCGACCUAAGGCUGCUGCUAAGUGA